AUGUUCAGAAGAGUAUUUGGACUAGGCGGUGGCCUGUCAAGAGUAUCACACUCGUUUUCAAGCACUGUUAGCACGGUGCCAAGGAUGAUGCAACAGCGUUCGUUUGCGCAAACGUCGCCAAUACAAGCGACUUUGAACCAGAUAAAAAGAGGGGUGAAGCCUCCAAGCCGUAAGAAGGUGACUGAAUCGCCGCAUUUGGACAAUUGUCCAGUGCGUAAGGGGGUUGUUCUCAGAGUGAUGGUUUUGAAACCAAAGAAGCCUAAUUCUGCGCAAAGAAAGGCAUGUAGAGUGAGACUCACGAAUGGUAAUGUUAUAUCCGCGUACAUUCCGGGAGAGGGACACAAUGCGCAAGAGCACAGUAUUGUGUUUGUUCGCGGGGGUCGUUGUCAGGAUUUGCCUGGUGUGAAGUACCAUGUUGUGCGUGGUGCUGGUGAUUUGGCUGGUGUUGUGAACAGAAUAACAUCCAGAUCCAAGUACGGUGUUAAGAAGCCUACUAAGGAGUAG